CUCGCAGCGGCCCUGUGUGCGUGUGCGUGGUCGCCGACAGCUCUGUUCUCUUUAGACCCUCAGAGUACGCCGUGUCCGCGUCUGACAGUCGAGCGAGUGGAGGUUUAGCUAUGUAGCCUUUACUCCGAUGUGUCGCCGGCGGCUCAAAGUCUGCUGGAGGUUUUACCUGCUGAAGAAACGCUCACUCCCGUUACAGCCAUGACAACAGCACCGAGCACCCCGCAGCAGCUGAGAGACAGACUGCUCCAAGCUAUAGACGGCCAGAGUCACCAGAUCCACAACAUGGUGGCUGUACUGGAUGUAAUAUCCAACCUAGAGAAAUACCCCAUCACCAAGGAGGCACUUGAGGAAACACGCCUUGGGAAGCUGAUUAAUGACUUGAGGAAGAGGACCAGGGAUGAGGAUCUGGCUAAGCGUGCAAAGAAGCUUCUGCGUAACUGGCAGAAGCUGAUUGAGCCACAGCAAAAUGAAAAAUUGCCGAAAGAACUUUCAAGCACUGGUAAUGGAUGCAACCAAACUCCAUCGUUACCUAUUACUAAAUCUGUCCAGACUGCAACAGGUACGGACAAGAAGCCUGUUUUACUCACUAGUCACUCAUCAAACACUGAAAAGUUGCAGGCCAUUAGUCAAAAGAGUGAGCAGAAAGCAGAAGAGAGCCCCAAGUUAAAGGUCUCAAAAACAUCAGGCUGUGGACAGAUACCUGCACUGUCAUCAGCCAGUGGAAAUGUUGGGGGUCCAGACACUUUUUCUGGUGUGGCUCUUCCAAUUAAGGCCAGUACCACCAAGCCUCAUCUCACAUCUCCUGAACACAGCAAACAGCCUGAUGCUUCCUCAGUCCUUAGAACUUCGGUAUUACAACAACAUGGACAAAGGGACAGAGCUGCUACUAAGAAAGAGCAGCAAAAACUCCAAAGUCAUUGCACGUCUCCUAGUCCUCGAACAGUAAAGCCAGCAGUGACAACCAAGUGGCCAACAUCAUUUGCCUGCUCUGACUCUGAACCGUUCUCUGCACUGCCAGUAAACUCUUCCGUCCACGGCAUGCACACUGAGAGUCAGCAACCAAAAGAGGCCUUGCCACAGUAUCGUGAUACUGAACCCUUUGAAAACAAUGAGAGAACUCUUGAACAAAUGAAUACCUUGCCCCAAAAGUCCAGAGGCUUAAAACGUCUUCAUUCAGGCUUACUCAGCGAGGUCACCAACGUGGAAACUGAAAAAGACGUUAAACCAUCUGAGGCAAAGAGGAGGAAGCAUCAGUCAAAAGACGAUGCCGGCAAUCUGGAGGGACGUUCAGCAGAGGAGAGCAAACCUACUCGAGUGAAAAAUCGUAAAUUAACCUUUGAUCCCUUCACACAACAAAUAAGAUCUGCAAGUGUCAACCAGAUUGAGGAGCGGCACAGUUCAGUGUUAGAUGUUAGUGAAUCAGACAACCUGAAGCAAAGCCGCCCUGCUUCAUCACCCAGUGCUUUGCCCAAGACAAACUGGAAAGAUUUAUCACAGAAUGAAAUUGUGAAAUACUACUUAAACCUUCAAAGUAACUUGCUAAAAACUUCUGGAAAUCAAACCCCAGGGUCAAACUCUUUUAUGACAGAGUACUUGAAACACGAAGAAGACCAUAUGACGGACUCCAACAAAGUCUGUCUGCAGGUGCCUAGUAUCUCUGAGGCAGACAUUCCAGGAAUAGGCCGAAACAUCACAUCAGAAGACCUCAGCAGAAUACACAAUCAGCACUGGUCAGGGGUUAAUGGCUGUUACGACAGUACGGGCAACUGGUAUGACUGGACUGACUGCAUAUCCUUGGAUCCAUAUGGGGAUGGAAAUAAACUUAAUAUUUUGCCAUAUGUAUGCAUAGACUAAAACCAUUUCUAUAAUAAAAAGUGCAUCUCAGGAUCAAACACCGCCUUUAUGCCUGGUCCAGAUUUAUGGUUAUAUAUUAACUGUUUUCUAAUGUUUUGUAUUUAUUUAUUCUGACUUUUUGUGCUUGCUUUGGAUUGUUAAAAAAGGUAAUAAACAGGUAAUGAUGGAUUGUUAAAAACAGGUAAUGAAAAAAGCUGUUGUAUGCACCGCUGGUACACUUUAAGUCUAGAACAGAUUAAUAGUGAUGUACUAUUAAUUGUAUUAAUUGUUUUGUAAUAUUUUAUGUAUUUAUUCUGACUUUGUGUUUGUUUUAGAUGUCAAAAUCUGUUGUAUUCAUUUAAGAAUAGGGAUGGGUGUGGUCUACAGAUGGUUGCAAAGGACGGUGUUUACUUGGAAGAAGACAUACUUUUGAAAGAUGAUUUAAACAAAUCUCACCUUACUGAGCAGCUCUUUAAAAGUCUUAGGUGUGUGUUUGAGUUUACCUUGAGCUGUUUAUUACAGAAUAGCUGCUAGCAGCAAUAAUAGUGGCCAAGCAGGGACACCAAAUUAAGAGUGCAAUCAACAUCAGUUUAGUGCGGGUUUUCAAGCCAGACCAACUAUCAAAAAGCAGGAGGAGCUCUGUAUGUUUUAUAGGCCUGUUUUCUUAGAAUAUGUUAUGAUAUGAAUGUGAUAUCUAUUAAAAUUCGCUUUGUUGUGUGUUUUAUUUAUUCUUGGGAGGCAUUUUCAAAUCAAGUAUAUUAUUUUAUUCACAAUAAUACUAACGGUAUAACAGGAUUUACUCAAAUAAUCGGUUUUCUUUUUGUCAAUAAAGUGGCACACCAAGUCCCUAGAAAU